GGCCAUCGAUCCGAGAGGCCGGAGGGCUGAGGGGGCGGGGCGGGGUAGGGCUGCGGUGGAAGCGAUGCGGUACAACGAAAGGGAGCUGCUGUCGCUCUCCCGGCAACCGGCCGAAAAGGCGGCAGAGGUUCUCAUGCGCGCCCCCAAGAAAGGAAGCGCCUUGAAGAAACGCCUGGUGAAGUUAGUGGUCAACUUUCUCUUUUACUUCCGAACAGACGAAGCUGAGCCCAUUGGUGCUUUAUUGUUGGAACACUGCAAGAUCAGCAAAGAAGAAGAAAAUGUCUUUUCCAUCAGCUUCCUUGAAGAGCCAGAGAGGAAAUACUACUUUGAAUGUGACACAGAAGAGCAGUGCCAGGAAUGGAUUGAGGUCCUUCGCAAGGCCAGUUACGAAUUCAUGAGAAGCAGCUUGAUCUUUUAUCGGAAUGAGAUCCAGAAGAUGACCGGAAAGGAUCCCUUGGAGCAAUAUGGCAUCUCAGAGGAAGCCCGUUUCCAGCUGGGGGCACGGAAACUUUAACCCACAUAAGGUGAACACAGGAACUCCCAACUGCUGAAAUGUCAACAAGAGUAAAUUCUCUAUUUUUUUUUAUGAACUGAAGGGAGGGGAAAGGGAAUCUGUUUCUUAAAAAAAAAAAAAAACCAUCCACACCAUCCCUUCCACUGCUUUGUGAUCCCAGUUUUGCUACUACCAAUAGCCACAGCUGUAAUGAAAAGAUUAUUAUUGAUAAGGAGGAUCAGUUUUGUGGCUGGGUUAAUUUUAUUAGUUCUGCCUCUAUUGCUAUAGACACGUGUGCAGAGCAAAUACGCUUGUAAAAAUGAAGGGAAUGGGGAAAGGGAGCUUCACAUUUGGAAGGAGGCCUUGAUUUUAAUGCUCGUUUCAAUCCUCUUUGGUAAGGCACUGAGGUUUUAGUGAAGAUGGCA